CUUUGAAAAUUCUUUGUAAAUUGGAUUUCCAUCUGUAUAUAGAUGUACUGCCACUGGUUAGUUUCCACCGGUUCCUAUAUAUAAUCAAGGUUUGUCAUCUAGAUCCUCCUUUUACAAUUAGUCUACAUAUCAUGGGUGUGACAAGCGUUUCACAGGAGUUCUUGUGCCCGAUUGCCCCAUCGCGCAUGUUCAAGGCUUUGAUCAUAGACUCCAAAAACUUGAUCCCAAAGCUGUUGCCCCAAUUCAUAGCAAGCGUUGAAGUAACUCAAGGAGAUGGCGGAGCAGGAAGCAUUGAACAAGUCAACUUCACAGAAGGUAGCCAUUUCAAAUACGUCAAGCACAGAAUCGAUGAACUCGACCAGGACAAUUUCGUGUGCAAGUACACUAUGAUUGAGGGAGAUGCAUUAGGGGACAAGCUUGAGUCUAUUGCUUACGAGGUCAAGUUUGAGGCAGCUAGUGAUGGGAGCUCUAUAUGCAAGAUGACAAGUAAUUACAACUCCAUUGGAGAAUUUGAGGUCAAAGAAGAGGAGAUUUUAGCAGGAAAGAAUAGUGCUAUGGGAAUUUACAAAGUCGUUGAAGCCUACCUCUUAGAGAACCCAAAUGUUUAUUCUUGAAUUGCGUCUUCAUCGUCAAUCAUUUGAUUGACCCUCCAGCUUUCAUAUAGUUACAAAUAUACACAUACAUGCAUAUAUCACAGAUUCACAGCAACUGUAUUGUUUAGGACUCGAUUUUGUGAACCCUUAUUGACUUCACACAGGCAAAUGUUAUAUGAAUUCAUUUUUUCUUAUGUCACAUUCUCUUAAAUUCAUAAUACACGAUUAGGACUAAAAGUCAAGCACAUAUAAGUGGAAAAUUCCCAAGAAAAUACCCAAACCCAUUGUAAUACUACUUAUUCUUACAUAACAAAGCAUGAAAAGCUAGUCA